AUGGCUUUGUUAACAGGCAGCGAUUGCUCAAUAUAAACAUUUACCAGAGGAGGUUGAAAGCCUGAAAACUGUGCUGGAGCUGAGGAACAAAAGUGUACAUGAUUUACGAAGGCAAAAAAUGGAAUUAGAAAAAGAGCUUGAAGUGAUUCCUGAACAUGAAGAAAAGAUAAAACGAUAUGAACGACGUAUUGAAGAAUUAAAAGCAAUUGUUGGAAGGAAAGCCGAUUUAGAGAGACAAUUAUCAUCCGAACACAGAGCAUUGAAGGAAACGUUAGACAAACAGUCAACGGAAAAGAAACGCCUUUCAAUGGAAAAUGAGGAACUCGUUUGGAAACUACAACAAAGUGAGUGUGGGUCCCCAGUUUGCUUGACUCCGCCUACCCCUACAAGGACGACACGAAUGCCUUCUCCAACCAAUUCAUUUAGUCGCACAAAUUUGUUACGUUUAAGCUCAUCGGAGAGUCACGAUAACGUGUUCAUGUCGUAUGAACAGAAGAUG